UCAUAGUUAUAUUUGUCCUAAAAAGGUCCUAAGUGAUAGCGCUUACGUCAAUUUACAUACAUUAGGUAGCAUUAUGCUAACUAUGCCGAGAUUUUUUAAACUUCUUUGGCAAGAUUCAAAGAUACCAAAAUCGUCGCAUUACUCCAUGACGAGACGGUAAUGCCAUUACCCGACCUUGAAAUUUUACUCUCAACGCGCCUAAAGAAGUUUCACUUCAAAAUAAAUAAUUAAACUUACUGCGUGAACAGGUAGAUUAUAAAUAUAUAACAAUGUAUGUAUAUCUACCAAAUAUGCUCUUUCAUAAGAAGUAAUUAUUAGUAGGUUACAUACAAUUAUUUUUGCAGUGAGCGGCCUCUGCUUCAUGCUAGGCGUCUCCUUCACCUGGCCAUCUUCGACCAUGGGUCUCUUCACAUCCCCAAACACACCUCUAAAUAGAAUGAUGACGGAAUUUGAAGUGUCCCUGCUUGGUAGUUUGUCGUGUAUUAGUGCAGUUUUAACUCUACCCUUUACCGGAAUCCUGAUGGAAAAGUUUGGCAGAAAAUAUACGUGUUUUGUUCUAUAUGCGAUGCAAAUGAUCUCCUGGACAAUCGUCAUAUCCAUCAAUUACGUGGAGGCCAUUUUGCUGUCCAUUUUUAUAUCAGGCAUAACCAGUUGCACCCUGCUCUUCAUACCUCUAUACGUGAGCGAAUUCUGCCAGGAAUCCAUUAGAGGUUCUAUGGCAUCCAGUGUGCUGAUGUUCUUCGCUUUUGGCAUGCUCACAUCCUACCUCAUGGGUGGUCUGUUAGCGUAUAAUGUCAUGAACUAUAUAUCAUUGGGUCUGGCUGUUGCGGGCAGUCUGCUUAUCUUUCUGGUUAAAGAUUCGGCACUGUAUCUGAUGACUCAGGGACGGGAACGCGAAGCCGCGCUGUCUGUUGCACAUUACAAAAGUUUAAAUGUUAAUUCAAAGGAAGUUGAAAAUGAAAUAGAACACAUUAAGAAACUUCUGAAUCCAGAAUUAGAUGAUGCAAUUACGCCAGAAGAAGAAACGUUAAAACCGGAAUUCAAACGCAAAGAAAAACUGUCUAUUUGGAGAUUCCUAAAAAAAUCCAGAUCAUCCCGUCGCGCCCUCGUCGUCUGUCUGGUGCUUUACACCGCUACCGUCUUCCAAGGUCUGGUAGUGGUGCAGGUGUACGCAGCACCGCUGUUUAGCAAGGCCGUACCGAGCAUGUCUGCUACUGUGUCUAGUGUUGUAUUCGCGAUUGUUACUAUAGUGGCUGGCAUGAUUGCUGCGUAUCUUGUUGAGGUUUUGGGGAGAAAGCCACUCAUGGUACAUUCAUCAAUAGCUUCGGCUGUUUGCUGCAUCCUUCUGGCAACCCAAAUCCAGUUCGAAUGGGGACCCAACUGGAUUACUGCAGUCUUCAUUUAUCUGUUCUGCAUUUUUUAUACAAUAGGUGCUGGUACUAUACCGUAUAUCUAUUCUGCAGAAGUAUUUUUACCUGAAAUAAAAAGCUUCGCAUCGCUAUUCGCGAUGGAAUGGGCUUUCAUUGGAUUCUUCAUUGUACUUUUUAUUUUCAACCCCCUUGUAAAUUAUAUAGGCCUAGGCGGUGUGUUCUACAUCUUCGCAGCGGUGUGUCUGCUGACUGCGAUAUUCUGUGGCUUCUUCAUGCCGGAGACAAAAGGGCUGACUGUUGAUGUUAUACAGCUACAGUUUGCUAAAACACGAUUUCAAAAUAAAGCGUGAAUCUCA